UCCCACGAGGCAUAUAUAAGCAACUUGACGAUCGGUCUCUGGUACACUCAGCUAUCGACACGGCCGACAACAUGAAGGGUUUUAUUAUCUGUCUCGCGAUGAUCGCAGCGGUGAGCGCAGGAGCGCGCGAUAAGCGAGGAGCUGUGUGGCCAGGUCUCGGUUACGGACACGGCGCCUACGGACCCCACGGUCUCGCCCUUGCCGGCCCUAUUCUGGGACCCGCGAGCCUCGCUGGACCCCACGCCGGACCCUCGGCCCUUGCCGGACCCGUCAUCGGACCGGCUCACCUCUCCGGUUCCGUCGCCGGUGCCGCUCACGUUUCAGGUGCCGUCGCUGGACCCGCCGUUGUCACUGCUUCCGUCAGCGGACCCGCCCACGUUGAACACUACGGUGCUCCCGACUACGGCUACAGCGGCUACGCCGGUUACGGUGGUUACGCCGGAUAUGGUGGAUACGCCGGAUACGCGGCACCCGCCUACGCCAGCUACGGCCCCGGCCACGGCAUCGUCUUCGCCGGUCCAGCGCAUCAUGGCCACGUAGCCGUAGGACCAGCUCUCCACGGAGCUGUCCUGGCAGGACCCCAUGCCGGCCCCAUCGCCGUCUCAGGACCCCAUGCCGGCCCCAUCGCCGUCUCAGGACCUCAUGCCGGCCCAGCCGCCGUCUCAGGCCCGAGCGCAGGUUCGGCUGUAAUCGCCGGACCCUCUGGCAAAAUAACGACGCAUGGCGCUGGCCACGGAGCCGCGGUCGUCACUGGCCACGGACCCUGGUAAUCUCGCUAGAGAAUGGGCCCGAGGGCUCGUCCGACAGCGCGGAACUCGAACGGACGGAAUAGCACGCCUGUG